UUCCAACUAACAGUGAGCUCCCACAUUUGUCAGAAUUACUCCACCGAGGUGGAGGCUGCCGUCAACCACCUGGCCAACCUGCAUCUAUGGGCCUCCUACACCUACCUAUCUCUGGGCUUCUAUUUCCACUGUGAAGAUGUGGCUCUGGAGACCAUGAGCCACUUCUUUGGAGUGUUGGCCCAGAAGAAGCUGGAGGACUCCAAGCAUCUCUUAAAGCUGCAGGACCAGUCCAGUGGUAAGUGGGAUGACUCUCAGGACGCCAUGGAAGCUGCCAUGGUCUUUGAGAAGAACCUGAACCAGGCCUUUUUGGAUCUACAUGCCCUGGGCUCUACCCAUAUGGACCCUCAUCUCCGUGAUUUCCCAGAGAAACACUUCCUGGAUGGGGAGGUGAAGCUCAUCAGGAAGAUGAGUGGCCACCUGACUAACAUCCUCAGGCCAGUCGGCCCCGGAGCUGGGCUGGGCGAGUGUCUCUUGAAAGGCUCACCAUCAAACACAACUAGGAGGCUUUGGAGCCCAGAGACUUUGAGGCACCCAUCUGCAUUUCCCUGGCAUCUGGCUUCUGCCUGA